AUGGAUGGAGACGUGAAUGAUGAAGGUGGAAAACACACUGUAAAAGGUAACAAUAACAGCCGCGGUAAAGACAAAAGUAAAGGUGGAAGUAAAAGCGAUAGUAAGCAGGGAAGUAUCAACAGCAGUAUCAACUGCAGUAACAACAGUAGUAAUAAUAGCAGUGUCAACAGUAGCAAAACUAGCAGUGUCAACAGUAGCAAAAAUAGAAGUGUUAACAGUAGCAAAAAUACAAGAGCCAGAAGUAGUAAAAAUAGAAGUGCCCAAAGUAGUAAAAACAGAAGUAUCAACAGUAACAAUACUAGCAGUGCCAACAGUAGCAAAAACAGAAGUAUCAACAGUAGCAAAAAUAGAAGUGCCAAAACUAGUAAAAACAGAAGUACCAACAAUAGUAAAACCAGCAGUGGCAACAGCAGUAACAACAGUACAAACAGUAGUACCAACAAUAGUAAAACUAACAGCGACAGCAGUAGUUGCAACAAAAUGGACGCGAAUUUUUCCAGUGAUGCGCACACCCCAAAUUGCAACGGCGGAGACUUCUCCGACCCAAAAAGCGAAUUCCACAUCCACAAUAGGGAUCAGGAAAAUUGCGGAAAAACACAAAAAGACAAAAUAAAAUUCACACAGGUAAAUAAUUUCCAUUGGAAUUACGACAACCAAGCAGUUAGACAGAGCUACGAUGCGAUUACGUCUAAUGAAAUAAGUGCGAACAACGCAAAUAUGUGUUUCUCAAAUAAUAGCGCUAUGAAUUGCCAUCCCCCAAUGCGUGAUGGUAAUAACAAUUUAAUAAAACCAAAUAAUGUGGGUUACUCAAAUUCUAAUACACCCAAUUCUAACCAUGUCUACAAUAUGAAUAAGGUUUACAUUGACGGCAAUCCAUUCUCCAUUAAGACAAGCACAACAGACAAUAAUUUACUAAACAUGAAUUCUGCUUAUUUUAAUAAUGCAAUGAAAUGUUCCGAUUACCACAAUUCUAACAACUGCAUAUAUCAUACUGGCAUGCUAAACACGAGCACCCCAGAAAAUCAGAAAAAUUAUUCCAACAACUCAAGUCCACAUAAAAAUGAUUACUUGAAAUAUAACCUGUAUUCUGUGAAUUCUAUAAAUAAUAAUCUGAAUUUUUCGAACGUAUCCAAUUCGAAUAACUUGAACUACAACGUAUUUAAUAGCAACGUCACUACCCCUGCCUUAGAUGCAAUGAAUUAUAACCCCAUAAAGAACUCGUGCAAUGCGAAAUACAAAUCUAACAUGCUGGAUUCUACACCAAUAAAAAAUAUCAACUUGUCCAAGGUGAAGGAUCUCAAUUUUAGUCACUCCAACAAGGUAUUUUUGCACAACUCUGAUGUGUCUAAUAAUUCCUACAGAAAAUUAAAAAAUGAAAAAUUGUCGCCAAACUAUUCCACUCCUGUGUGCAAUCUAGUCUCAAUCGAGGAGUCGUCUAAAUGCAGUUCGAGCAGUCGUUCCAGACGUCCAAAUAAAAACGUUUUAAAAACUAAUGCUUUUAAUAGCACUGAUUCUAGCGUAGAGAAGGAAGACGUGAAUGCGUUAGUUUUUGCGGAACCAGGAGUUGCUGGCAAUGAUAGGGCGAAAUUGCUAACUAGGGGAAUUGAGAGUUGUGAAGAAGUGGUAUCACGGGAAAGUGUAGAACAAACAGAGCGAAGUCACAAACAGGAACGAGGACAAGCACGUAAAAACGACGUAGGUAUGGGGGAACACAAACAGAGCGACAAAAAAAAGAAAAAUGCACACCUAAUGAGAAAUCAUUCAAAUACUCAAAAUAAAAAACAUAAAAGCGAAGGAAAUUCAUUAUAUACAGAUGUCACAUGUGGAAAAACAAAAGGAAAGUCUUCUGAUCAAGACAAAGAGGGCUACGGCCGGGAGGAUAAAUCAAGAGAAAAAUACAACGCAAAUGAACGGAAAAAAGAUUCAAAGGAGGAAAACGUCGCAGUGACCACCAUAACAAAAAAUCAAAGGAGUAGAAGAAGCUUAACAAAUGAAAAUCAACAAUGGAGGUGUGAAGAGCAAAAUUUCAAUUGUAAAGAAGAUACACACGAAUGCAGUUACAAAAAGGGCCCAAGAGAAAUCCCAUCAAAAGGAAGCAGUAAAAAUCAAAUAGUUGUGCAUAAAAGAAAUAGUCAAGUUUUGACAAAGAUAAUGAAUUUCCAUGGUUCGGAUGAAGAUAUAAAAAAUGAUGUGAUUUCUCAUAAAAAGAAAUAUAAUAAAACGGAGCACACAAAAGGUGACGAAUUCCCUGACAUUGUUAAAUCCAAUACGAUAAAAGAUAGGUUGAGAUCACGCUCAGCAAAAGAACAGGGAGAAAGAAAUAAAACUUUACAAGAUAGCACAAAUGGAAAAAAUUUGUCGAAAUAUGAUUUCCUCGUGAAUCGAAAUGCCCUUUUUAAUAAUGUUCUCAUGGAAAAUGAAAAAGAAGCGAAAAAAAAAGUAAGUUCCCCAAAGAAAUGUGAAGAAAAGUGCACCAAUUCGGAACAAGUGCAAAACGAUAAUAAUAUGGCGCAAAAAAAAAGAAAGCUUAAAGACAUCAGCCAAGGAAAAGCUGACUCAAAAGGUGAGCCCGUUGCGGAAGUCAUGAGCAAAAAUGAAAAAAUAAAGAAAAAAUUGAAAAUAUUGAAAACGGAUGACAAUCCAAAGGAUCAAAAAAAUGCCGAUGAUCUAAGCAGUGCAGUUAGCAGAAAUAGCAAUAACCAUAAAGACAAGCGAAAGGAAAAACCUCGUCAAGAUCAAACACAUGCUUCUAAUGUCAACGUGGGGGAAAAUAAAAAUUGUGCUAAACCACCAAAAGGGGAUGUGGCCAAAGGAGAGGAUCUUGCUGGAAAGAAGCAAAAUGAAAACAAAAAUGGAACAGAUGCGUUAAGGGUGGAAAGUCGCAAAAAGGAUGAUAGGAAAACGCAACAAGAAAAAACAAGUGAAAAAGUAAAGAAGGCCAAAACGGAUCAAGAGGUCCAAAAUGGAGAACACCUUCCAGCAGUGCAAACUACAUUAUUCCAUAAAAUGAAAGAAAAAAGCAGUGUAGAAGGAACGGAUACAAAGGAACCAAGCGAAGUAACAGUCGAAACGGAAGAGGCUCCAACCGGAGAAAGUAACCUGGACAAGGGCGAUAAAAACGAGGCGUCUUUGAAAGGGAAACUUUCACAAAAGAGGGAAAAUCCUUUGGACGAAAAAAACUCCAUUAAAGACAACCGUGGAGAAAUAUACAGUAAUGAAGAUGGUAAUACGGGAAGGGAUUCUCCUCAAAUAAAAGUUCUGCAGGGGGAAACCUCCAAAUCGAAAGGACUUAACAAAGAAGUGGCCAAAUCAGAUAAUCAUGCAAACCAUGAAAAGAAAAAAACAUCCCAAAUGAACAAACCGAUCAAAGGUAAAUGCGAACAAGUUGCAAACGGGAAGGAAGCAGUCGCGAAACAGGAAGGACCAAUGUUAGGCAGUACACAGGAAAAGUCCCCCGUGGAUGCAGUAGACGGGUACAAAAAAAAGGAGGCCGUCGUGAUAAAAGAGGAACCAGAACGUCCCAAGCAGUGUAACAAGGAAAAGGAUCCCAUGGGUGAGGAAAAGAAAGACAAAAUAGAAAACACCACGGAGCUUAAACCAAAAGUAGGUGAUGCACAUCCCGCAAAGGACGCUGCAGAAAAAUUAGACAUGCCUAAUAGUGCGCAUGAGCAUGAAAAAGAAAAACAGAACGAUGAAAAAAAAAAUACAAGGGACAAAAAUGGACAUGUAAUUGAUAAGGACAAAUAUAAAAUUACGGCCUCAGUAAUUUAUCCCAAUGAUACUAAAACUGUACGUGUAAAUCGUAAAAAGAAAAAAAGCGUGAAAGGCUUAGAGAAAUAUUCACCAUCAGCGACAAAUGAGAAGAGAGAUUCGGUACAAGACAAGGCAAAGAAAAAUUGGUCAAACUUGGGCUACAUCAAUUACGUAGAUAACUUUGUCGGGAAGGGUUCCUAUGGCAAGGUCAGGAAGGCUUUGUACAACAUCGACAACAAUGCAAAGGACUUAAAAUUUUACAUUGACAAGAUAAAUAGUCCACAAUUUGCACACCUGUUAGAGAAAUGUACCACGCUGAACAAGUUGAAACAGGCUGACGAAAAAGACGCAGCGGAACUGGACCCCCAGGCGGUCUACAAUAACGCCCCCAGUGUGAAAACCAGAAGACACUAUUCCCUUGCCUUAAAUAAUGGAAGUCUCGCAGUUAGUGACGCAAAGGAGGUGAGCAGGGGUAUACAAAACGAUAGCUCAAUUUGUCAGGUGAACACACGAAAAGAACCCCUAAAUAUCCAAGAGCCCAUUUUAGAAGAACAUGAAAAAGAAAACCAGUGCCCUUGUUGUGACCGCAAAGGGUACGUCCAGUUAGCCAUAAAAGAAAUAGACGUUAAUCGAAAAGGGAACGACUUUCAAUUUGUGAGAGAACAAGAAAUGAUGUGCCACUUCAACAGCAACGUCAUUAAACCCAUAAGCACAAAAAAUGGAAACUUAAAGGAAAAACGGAAUUACGAAAUAUUAAUGCACUGUGCUAAUGGUGACUUGAGAAAAUUACUUCAAAAUUUAUUAUGCCACAGAAAAAAAGAAUAUGAAAAAAGAACAAGAAUUAACAAAAUCCUGAAAAUAAUACAUAUCAUUUGGGGGGAAAAAUACAAAUGCUACAAAAAUGAACAUAAAAGAGAAAAUACUUGUAUAGGUCUAUGCUAUCAAAAAUUAAAAAAUGUGAAAAUAAGAUUAUAUAACACCGAAGUCCAGGUAGACUUACCCAAAGUGGACUUGGUAUAUGACAAAAUAAAGAUGUACAAUUGUGGGUUAACAGAAUUGGAGUGUAAAUUUCUCUUCUUUCAGAUAGCAAACGGAAUUAGCUUCCUCCAGACAUGCUACCAAUCUAACAUAAUACGCUUAACAGAUAUUAAGUUGCAAAACAUUUUGGUGUAUACAACUGCUCAUAAUAUUUAUAAUCCCUUCAAGUGGCAUUUGUGCAUUUCCGAUUUUGGCUGUUCUGCAAUGGAAUAUGCAACUUAUCACCUUGAAAAUAUGAAAGAACACAACACAAAAGAGUACAAAAGUGCCUUAAGCCAGUGGAAGCAUCAGUUAAUUAAUCAACUCUCUUCGUACUUCCAAGGAACAGUUUACACCAUGGCACCUGAAGGCUUAUGCUACGACCACAAAAGAAAUUUUAGAAAUUCAAAAUAUAACCCCUUGAUUCAUUUUUAUGAGCAAAAUUUUGGAAACAUCGAUGUCAGAUUUAAAGAGCUUGAAAAAUCCCUAGAUGGGGUUGUUAGCAGUAUGCAAAAAUGUAAAUUGCUUAAUAUAAACUCUUAUAAAAACUUUGAUUUGAAUCAUGAGAUGAAAACUCAAGACAAGGAAGCACCUCAAAGAAAUCCUGAUGGUGCUAACAAUGCUGAGGGACAAAUGGAACAAGAAAAGAAUGCACCAAGUGAGAAAGACAUUUCACAAAAGAAAGAGCUACCCGCGCAAAGAGACAACACGGAACAUGCAGGUAACGAAAAGGGCAAAGGGAAAACUGACGGAAAAACUGAAGUAAAAAGUGAAGUAAAAAGUGAAGCGAAAACUGACGGGAAAGCUGAAGCGAAAACUGAAGGGAAAAAUGAAGGGAAAGGGGAAGGGAAAGGGGAAGGGAAAGGAAAAAACGACCAAAAAGAAAGCAACAAAAAGAUGAACAACACCUCAACGGAAUACUUCCCUUUCGAUGUAAGAUGCGACAGCUGGGCCCUAGGCAUCAUCCUAGCCGAUUUAGGGAAAUGCGGAAUGGGCACUUACGAUUAUGCAACAUUAGAAAAUUUCAGCCCCAAUUGCAUUAACUGUAUGGCCAACAGCAAAAAUGUGGACCUAAAUAGCAUAGUAUUGGACAACUUGAAUAUCUCAAACGCUGAAGAAGUUUUUUAUUUGCAGUGUAUAAUGGACUACUACGACAUUGUUAGCAUGCAGUGGGGCGAUGAAUGUAUAGAGAAUGAGAAUCUAAAAAACCGUGGACGCAAAAGGGACCACGGGGACGAGUCCAAUUGGGGGAGCAUUUCAGACGAGGAAGGUGCCAACUCCGGGGGAAACGCAGUGGGAGAUUUGAAAAACCACCAUAGCGACAACUCCAUCGGGAGAGACAUGCACAAAUGUGCAGACAAGCGAAGGGGAAAAAGACACAGAUACAGAAUCAACUGCGCUAAGAAUCGUUCCAGAGGCGCCAAAGGGAUGGAAAUAAAAAUUGAGGACAAUGUAAACGAUUGUUCAAAGCCAAAUAAAAGCAACCCUGGCUUGAAAAAAAAUGACCCCAGGAAUGAUGAAAAAAAGAAUAAAAUCGAGAAGAACAAUGGGAGACACAGGAAGAAAAACCAAAAAGAUGAUGAGGAGAAAUUUGAAAACCUAGACUUGUUUACAACCCAUUACAAGCAGUUCAUCUUACAAUACAAAAGCUUCAUAAAAGAUGAUCAAUUUACAUAUAUGAAAUAUGAGUUUGUGAGAUAUUAUAAGUGGAAUAAACAUUUGAUAACCCCCGAAAAUAUAGGCAAGAAAAUCCUAUUCGUCUUUCUAAUAAUUAAUAACAGCCUGACGUACAGUAUCUACGACGACUAUCAGUCAUUUGUUAGACACGAGCUAACCAUUAAGGGCAUGGGGUCAGGUAUCUUCAGGUUUAGAAACAGAAUAGAAAAAGAAAAAUAUUUCGUAGACUUUCAUGUCAACCUGCAAAAGGAACACAUGAAUGGAAACAGGGAGUACUGGCAUAGUCGAUUAACCAAUAAAUAUUUGGCUCGUGUUUUAAAAGAAGUUUGUCAUAAAGAUUCUUGUGAGAGACAAAGAAAUAUAAAAAGAUGUUACGGCAAAUUUGAGUGCCCCAUAAAUUAUAGUGAUGACUUCUGGGAUUUAUUGACUAAUCUUUUGAAUUAUGUUCCUUGUGAAAGAUUACUAGCCUGUGAAGUUAUUGGCCACGAUUUUUUCUCUGAACCAAGUGAAAAAAUUAAUAAAAUUGCAGCUACUGCAGCUGACAAGGAUGCUACGGACUUGUUUGCCCACAAGGAAUUGAUGUAUGUCAUAUCGAAGAAUUACAUCCAAGAAAAGAAGGAGAACAAAUAUGUCUUCAAUCCUUUUCUUCGGAAAACUCAAGGGGAAACUGAAAGAGAGGAACGCAAAUCCAACAUGGGAGACAAAUUUCUUCAGUUGCGUGCAAACAAAGGCAUUUCACUCAAAUGCGUAGCAAAGUCUGUAGAAAGACGAGUCAGUGCAGGAAGAGAAAAAGGACGGGACUUGUCAAAUGUGAGUUUGGCGCUGGCAAAUGAAAAGAAUGCCAAUGAACAAAAGAAACUUAUGACGUACCUGUACGACGCCCUCAAUGAGUACUUGAAAAACGGGCGUGAUUCUUGCGACAAUGUAAGGGACUGUCUGAAUUACAGAAACAUUGUGGAGAUGAUGGGAAAGCUGAAAACCCCCCUUUUAGCGGUUAACGAAAGGGACCAAAGAGGUGUGAGAAGUGCACUCGUAAGAAAUGAACAAUUUGUGAGCCCACGAACCGUCUGCAACAAUGUGUAUUAUUUCCUAAACCAGCCGUCCAUUUUUACCCAGAUCACAAAUUUAGACAUAUUCAUGAAGGCGCACCUACCAUUAGAGCAUCUAUGCCUGCCCAUGUGCGAUGAAAAAACGUGCAAGGAUAAAUUAAAAGUGGACUUCUUCUUCAAGCCAAUGUACUUUUAUUCCUUCCCAUACAAAAUUAUACAUGCAUGGUAUACGGGCCCCCUGCACAGCUACUUAAAGCACCCAGGCAUUCCUGAUUACAUCAACUCCAUAUGUGUAAGAGAAGCGUAUACUUUAAAAAGGAAAGAAAUGAUCUUUUGGGAUUACGAAAAUAUCGUUAUGGAAAGUGCACUGAAACUUAAGCAACUUUUAAACUGCUCCGAUGAUUUCCUCUGCACCCCUUAUGUGUCCCAUAUAAUAGGAAAGCAUUUGAUAAUUAGGAAGCAAUUCCUUUUAAAAAAUGUUGAUAAACAACAAAAGGAGUAA